AUGAAUUGUCACUUAGUGAACUACCUUAUUGAAAACCAUAAAAGUCUGUUAGCACCGCCCGUUUCAGGCCGUGUGGCAGAUAUUUCCACCAUGUUUGCCAUGCAUCAUCAGUCAUCGACACCAACUUCAGGGAAAUUGCAAAACAGGCAUGGUGAGGGACAUCCCAGUUCAACAGGACCAAAACCACAGUUUGAAAAAUUUUGGGACGAUUUGGUGUUGAUCGAAGGUAUUAGUCCCGGUUGUCUCAGUUUUUCAACUCUAGACGACCAUAAAGAUGUUGACGCGACUAUCGAGUACAUUGAUGUCGAGACUCUGCGUAUAAUGGCAAAUGUGGUAAGCCCCGGCACGUACGAAGAACAGCACUCUGGAAAUAUUGUCGCCAAGGUCAGAAACGACGCGAACUCGACAUUGGCAGAUCGUCUUUACAGCGUUUUGAAUUCGCAUGCAGCAGACACCCCAAAUCAGCAGAGACUGGACAUAUUGCAACAGACGCUCAACGUGAAAACCGCUUCGUACGUUUUGGGCCGCGAAAGAGCUUCCAAAUUCACUCCGCAUACUGGUUUCAUUCCAAUCUGUGCCAACAAAAACCACUGUAGCAUUCUCUCAAGCAUUGCUGCCGUCUCCAACAACAAAGUGGUGGCCAUGGAUGUUAACAAAGUCCAACAUGCGGAUCAAGACUGUCCAGGCUUGUACAAAUGUGCACACUCGAAAAUUCACUACAUUCCGAAUUUGAAACCGCAAACUGACCCGUCGUUGGGAGACUGCUCCUACCUCGAUACCUGCCACAAGCUCAACUCGUGUCGUUACGUGCAUUAUUUGCAAUACAUGCCUGAGACCUUGGCUCAAACAACUGCAGCUGGUGUCACUCAAAUGAACGAGGCAUCCAUCCGCAAUAAACAAAUAUGUCUCUACACACAGGGCCUCAAUUGCUCCGUAGCGUCGCAGCCAACGCUUCCAGCUCAAUGGAUCCGGUGUGAUAUCCGCAAAUUCGAUUUUAACAUUUUGGGUAAGUUUUCUGUCAUUGUUGCCGAUCCUGCGUGGAACAUUCGUAUGAACUUGCCAUAUGGAACCUGCAACGACUCUGAAUUGGCCGAUCUACCACUAGAUCUACUGCAACACGAAGGCAUUAUCUUUUUAUGGGUGACUGGUCGAGCUAUCGAAGUGGGCAAAACAUCUUUGCAGAAAUGGGGAUACCAAGUGUGCAACGAAGUUUCCUGGAUUAAGACCAACCAGUUGGGCCGCACCAUAGUGACCGGACGCACCGGACAUUGGCUUAACCAUUCCAAGGAACAUCUAUUAGUCGGAGUCAAAGGGUCUGCCAGAUGGCUCACCAGACAAAGUGAUAUCGAUCUCAUCGUUUCUGCAAGCAGGGAAACCAGCCGCAAGCCUGACGAGCUUUAUGGGAUGAUCGAACGACUAGUAGGUCCUCAUGCACGCAAACUUGAAAUUUUCGGUCGCGACCAUAAUACUCGUCCAGGCUGGUUUACCAUUGGCAAUCAAUUAAACGGAGACAGAGUGUGUGAGCUUGACGUCAAAACGAAAUACAAUCAGUAUCUUCAAAACCAAAGUCGCUCAACUGUUCCUCGUUAUUCAGCUUUCACCUAG